AUGUCCAACGAUCCCUCGGUGCGGCGCAUCCUGCCCCAGGACGCGCAAGACGCGCACGCCGGCCAGAUGAACACUUUCGCCUUUGCGACGCAGCAAUAUCCGCAGCGGGAGACGCAAAAGAACUAUGUCUUUGUGGACGAGCACAACCGUCACAAGCGCCUCAAGGUUAUGAGGGCCUGCGAGGGCUGCCGGAGAAGAAAGAUCAAAUGCGACGCCGCGACCACAAAUACGUGGCCGUGCUCGGCCUGCAUCAGGUUGAAGCUUCACUGCGUCCGUCCCAACGGCUACGACGGCUCCGACACGACAACAUACGAUACCUUUGUCGACUCGUCGGGGCAGUUUCAGCAGAUGUCGAUGCAGCCGCAGCUCGCGCAAGUCCCCCCAAAAGGCUCCCAAAGCGUGUACGCGCCCGGCAGCUAUUCCGACAGCGAUCCCGCCGCCUUCCAGUCCCUCGGCUUCGACGCCCCGCAGUCGCAGCACAAUCUGCACUACACCACCAUGCCGGCAGCUUCCGUGUCGGUAAUGGACCAACAAUACGCAUCACAGAAUGCCUUCCCGACUCCCCCCCUGCAGCAGGGGCCGCGACCCGAUUCGUCUCCCGAGGCAUACUCCACAGACUCAUAUCAGAACCAAGAUUUGGCCGACCUCUUGGGCGGCUUGAAGGUGAACGAAGUCGGGACAGCGCCCUACCUGCGCAACAAGGCGUCGUUUCGUCGCGGAGAGCAGCCGGCCGUCGAGGAUGAUGACGAUUUCGGAAGCGUGCUCCCUCGCAUCGCCUCCGGCCCGGGCCACAAAAUACGAAUACCCCCCGAACUGAUGCCCGACGAGGGUUCCGCGCUUCACUACUUUGACCUCUACUUUAGCAACGUCCAUCCAUAUGUCCCCGUCUUGGACAAGGCUCAGUUCUACCGCCAAUGGAGCACGGCCAGAGAAGCGAUCUCGCCCUUGAUUUUGGAAGCCAUGUUUGCAAUCGGCGGUCGCUUGGCGGAAGACCCCGCUCAGGGUCAACAAUGGCUGGCUCUCGCAUCAAGACACGCCGACUCAUUCAUGGACAUUCCUCGCCUCAGCACGCUCCAAGCCCUGUUGAUGAUCCUCAAGGCUCGAGAAGCCGCGCCGAAACGGGGCUACUACUACCGCUCGUGGAUGACAGUUGUGCAGUGUGUGCAGAUGGGCAAGGACCUGGGACUCGACGAGCACUACGACGAGCAUCAAGCCGGCCGCCCCUGCGAGUUCAGCCCUAGCGAGUGUCAGCUACGCACCCGCAUCUGGCAGACGGUGUUUGUUUGCGAGGUCAUGGUCGGCACGCCUCAAGGCCGUCACGACUUGUCUGUCGACCUGGAGUCCGUGGACUUUAGCAUACCGCGUCCGAUUGCGGGGGGUGACGACAACGAGUACCUGGUAUCGCGAAACUUCACCUACUUUGCGCGGCUCGUGCGCAACAUCGGCAAGAUGAGCAACGUCUACGCGAGGAUCAGGAGAAAGAAGGACUGGGGCAUGGAUCCCGAGUUCCAGCAGCUCAGCCAGAACAUAUCAUCGUUCCUGACCGAGCUGCCGGCGGACAUGACCGUAACCUUUCCCUCGGACGGGGCGCCACCCAUGCUGCAGUCCUCGUUCAUCGGCAAUCUGCACGCCUACUACUACCUAACCCUUAUUCUAUACCACCGACCUGUACUGUCGUUUCUCGACCCGACCACCAACGAAUCGCAGUGGAAACAUCACAUGCUGAUCUGCUACAAUGCCGCCAGAGCCCUCUGCCGCCUGCAGGAGGCCACGCUGCAGACGUACGGGCUCACGGGCUUGCAGAACAUGCAGCGGGGCUUCAGCUUCUGCGUCUACUCGGGGCUGUCGUGCAUCGUAUUGCAUUUGGUGGCCAUCGUAUCGCCAGACCCUGAGCUGAACUCGGACGCACGUGAGUACUUUACGCGCCACAUGAGAAUCAUGGAAAAGGUCAUGGAGGCCUGGUCGAUGCCCGAGCUGCAGAAGCAAGUCGACGCCGUUCGGGAAGCCUUUUCGGCCGAUGUACGCAAGCCCUUUGUGCUGAAGCCGUCGUUUCCGUACGGGAGCCCACAUUCGUCGAGCCACUCGAGCCCGCCGCGGAUACCGCAGGGGUAUCGGCCCAUGGACAGGACAGGUUCUCUGGACCAGCAUCUGGACCCUCAACACCCAACAGUCAGUUACACAAGCCACCCCAUCACACCUCCAAUAUCCGUCGGUCCAGGGGACAGCAAGAGUGACUCGCCAGCUGUACAGUCGCUCGUCAUGAUGCCGCAAGACAACCAGGGACCGGACAUGCACCACGGCAUGCCCGUCCCGACAAGCCAGUCCUCGUGGAACCCGCAACGCAUCUUUGAGCAAUGGAACACGUCAUUCGGGACGCCCGCCCAGACCGGGCAAGUGUCCCCUUCGCCGGCUCAUGGCAUCAACGUGGCGGCGUCGUCAUCUGGCGCGUCGGACGUAUCCACGAUGCACGACUAUCAGGGCGCCAGCUCGUCGUUACCGCAGCAGAUGCCCUCGCAGCAGUACUCUGCGCCGGCUCCGAUGGCCAACUUUAUCACACCGGCCAUGUGGCAGGAAUCUGUCGCGAGCGUGUACGAGGGCGGGCUGAAGCGGGCCUGGGACUACGACACAAUGCAGCCGAUGAAGCGCCGCUAA